UCGCCCAGCCCAGGUGUCAGGUGACGGCACACUUGUCACGAGCUAUAUGUCCACACAGCAACAGUUUAUGUUGAACGUUGACGGGUCUGUUGUGCAGGCGUGACAGGCUCAACCAAGACAUACAUUGAUGUACAAAAACGUUUAAUUCUCAAACGAAUCGAAUCUAUUCAUUUUGUGUGAUUAAGUAACCCGCGUGAAAGACUGAAAUGGACAGCACGAACGAGCACGAGAUGACCACCGAGGAUCAAGACGGGCAGUAUUUACCAAGAGACUGUGUCUGGAGUGUGUCACCCACGGACACUGGACCCUCACCUGUCACCGACCUCUCCUUCAACUUGCAGAGCCUAGGGUGUCAUGACGCCGGCACCCCGCGCAGGAGGCUUCGGCUGACGCCCGAGCUGGCGUCCUCAAGUCCCCCGGGGCAGAAGCGCGAGCGAGGCUUGUGCCAGACCCCGCUGCAGGCAGAGACGCCGACAGGUAAAACCCUGAGAGAGACUGCGAACAGGAGGAGGGUAGAGAGGUUUCUCUCCCCCGCUUGCUCGGCUCCUAGGAUGAAGCGUCUCCGUGUCAACCUGUCAUCUAGGUUCGUUUCAGAACUGGGGGAUCCAACUGCCACCUGCAGUACCGUCCGGUCACCACCGGGAGGCAAACCGCUGCAAGACAACCAGCAUGCUUUGCUGUCUCUGCGGAGGGUCAGGGGUCACAAAGGGGUCUCUCCCAGACUCUUGCAGUCCAACAUGGAGGAGCACUACCUGACUGGAGACUUCUGCAAGCCCCUUGUGUUACCCGUAGAGAGAGUGGACCACCAAAACCUGCACUGCAUAUCAGCAGACACAGUGGCAGCAUUGCUGAGAGGCCAGUACAGAGACACAGUGGAGGACUUCCUGAUCGUAGACUGCCGCUAUCCCUAUGAGUACCAGGGCGGCCACAUCAAGGGGGCAGUCAACCUCCACACCAAGGCCGAGAUCCAGGGGGCUUUGAUGCAGGUCCCUGUCCUGGUCCAGCUCUCGUCCUCGGGCAGGACCCCUGCCGGCCCCCCUGGAGGGGACCAGGACCCUGGAGGGCUGGCAGGAGCUGUCUGGAGAGAGGGGGGGCAGACAGGAAGUAUGACCUCACCACGACCAGGGUCACCGACGACGGAGGGGUCAUCGCCUAGGAAACUCAUAGUGUUCCACUGCGAGUUCUCCACGGAGAGGGGACCCCGGCUGUGUGGGUAUCUGAGGGAGCUGGACAGAGUUCUCCACUCCUCUGCCUACCCCCUGCUGUUCUACCCUGAGGUCUACCUGCUGGACCAGGGCUACAAGCACUUCUACUGCUGCCACACGGAUCUCUGCGAGCCCAGAGGUUACGUCCCGAUGCGUCACAGAGACUACCGCGAGCAGCUGUGCCGCUCCCGCCACAGGGCCCGGUCACGGCUCCGCAAGAGUGCGCGCCACAGCGCGAACUGAGGCCUGGGACUAAAACUCCCUGAUUGGAUCAGAUGGAUUUUCACGUUAAAUCAAUAAAGAUGAUGUAGAUGUAGAUGAAAUCACCAUUUUAAACAUGAGAAGCCUGUA